CAACAACAACCACGACACACCCAGGAACCUUCUUACCCCCUGACGCAUGAGCCAACAACGCAACAACAACAGCAGCAACAACAGUUUUUCCAGCCUUCUAACAGCACGAGCUCAUUAUCGCAGUAUUAUCCGCCUGUCCACACGUUUACUCAUCCACAGUCCCAAGUGCCACAGCCACAUUACCAGCAAUACGAUUACAAUAUCAGACUUCCAUUGGCAAUCGAGCAGCAGCUUCAUCCAUCACUAACCUUUACGAUACCGCCGCAAGAUCAACCGCAACACGAACGAGGUACAUUUACAACCAAUCCUUUGUCUCGCAAGGAAAGAUGUUAUAUGUCAAGACAGCUACCGCUCACAUGACACUGUGUCUCUCUAUUCCUUUUCUAACAUUAGAGACCGAAAGCAGAGAUACGUACGAUCCUACUUUGACUCCUACACCGACCCCGGUAGUAUUACGACAUCAGCAUCGGGAGGAUCAAGUGAUGAUGAUGUUAUCGUCGUCUAUCGAUAGCAAUCUGAUCCAACAGCAACAACAACCAUCGUCCUCAUCUGCUUCUUCAUGGGAUACCGAAAACAUCAUACCGAGUCAUCGCUUGCAACCAACAGCAACGACGUCAAUACCACCACCACCACCGCCACCGCCACAACAACAGCAGCAGCAGUCAUCGUCAAUGAUGUCAGCAGUAACGCACCCGAUCAUUCCCGAUACGACGACACUCGAUCGGCAUCGGCAAGAGCAGGAGCUCUUUGGCAGGCUAGUGUCGAUGGCACGAACAAGCGACUUGCAACAACAACAACAACAGGAACACCAAGAGCAGGAACAUCAGCAUCACCAGCCAAGGCACCCUCCAGGUAUCUGGCAGCAGCAGCAGCAGCAUCAGCAGCAACAGCACACAUCAUCUCCAUGGUUAUCACAGAUUUCUGAAACAAAAACAAGUGGUAUGCUUGUGCCUCCAGCUUCCAGUUACCGUGCCAGCGGGUCUAGCAGUACUUCAAGUAGCACCACAACAACGCAAGAAAUAGAAAGAGUGACAUUUACAGCGACAACACAACAACAACAACAGCAACCAGAAACGACAGGAGCUCCCACGUGGCAUCGUAAAGAUGAACGGUACGUAGUAAUAAUAUUAGUAGAAGACAGACGGCGAGGACGAAAAAAAAACUAGUAGACAUACACAACUAAGGAUAAGCCUUUGUAUAUAUCGCUUGUGCUCUGUCUCUCUAGUUUUUUUUUCUCUCUCCUCCAACAUUGUUCUUAUCAAUGUUGGCGUUCUCUUAUGUAGAUAAUGUACUUGAUGAUAAAUAUAAUAAUAAUAUACCAACAAUACAUUGC